AUGUUGUUCAUUCAAGCCACCAACCUUGUGGUUUGGGAUACCAUCAUUGACAGUUCUCUCGUUCCUCCAAGGAAUCAAAAGGAUUGGACAAAUGAAGAUAAUAUGCUUGCCCAACUCAAUGCCAAAGCCAUGCACAUCCUCUUUUGCUCUCUUGGCCCGGAAGAGUAUAGUAGAGUAUCUUCAUGCUAUAAUGAUAAGGAGAUUUCAGAAAAAUUGGAGGUGAACCACGAAGGAACAAGCCAAGUAAAGAAGUCAAAUAUUAACAUUCUCACUCUCAACUAUGAGAACUUAAAGAUGAAGCCCGAUGAAGACAUCAAAACAAUGUCCAAUCAAUUUACCACAAUCAUCAAUAACUUGAUGAACUUUGGGAAGGUCUAUCCAAAUAAAGAUAUGGUGAGAAAGAUGCUUACUUCUUACUACAUCAUGGGAAGGCAAAGCAAAUGCCAUCGAAGAAGUCAAGGAUUUGGAUUUAUACACCCUCGUUGA